AUGUGGAGGCCACUGCUCGUGCUCCCUCUGAUGGUGUUCGCUGUGAUGCUGUCCGGCACCGGGGCCAAAAAUUGUGUGUGCAGAAGAAAAUCCAGGUGCCACUGUGAAGGAGUGAAAGGCAGCAGGGGAGACAAAGGUUUACUAGGAGUUCCAGGUCCCACAGGACUAGAUGGCCGUCAGGGACCAACUGGUCAUGCUGGGCCAAUGGGAGCAAAGGGCAAACCAGGGUCUGAUGGACACGUGGGACCAAAAGGCAAUCCGGGACGUGAAGGCAAAGAAGGAUUUGCUGGAUCUCAUGGUUUACCGGGUAUCCCCGGUUUACAAGGGCCUCCGGGACCCCUAGGGGCCCCAGGAUGCAAUGGAACUGAUGGAGAGGAUGGACCUCCUGGAAUCCAUGGGGCCCUCGGUAUUGAUGGAAAACCAGGUCAUCCAGGUCUGCGUGGACCUAAGGGUGAAUCUCGGGGCGCGGCAAAUUCAGUACAAGGGCCACCUGGGCCACCUGGGAGAGACGGAGAACAGGGAGCCCCAGGUUCCCGUGGAGAGACUGGACCAUCUGGGGACCCUGGACCAAGGGGAAAUUAUGGCUUUCCUGGCCGUCCAGGGGCUCAGGGAUCCAAGGGUCAAGGGGGCACAGGCGGGAUCCCAGGACCUAAAGGACCAAAGGGGAGACCAGGACCAAAUGGACAACCGGGGCCAAAAGGUCGAAUUAGACAGUUUUUGACUGACAUACACCAACAGUUUGAGGCUCUAAAGGGAGAUACAGGAGAUGUGGGAGAAAAAGGCUGCAAGGGCGAACCAGGAGACGUUGGUUAUGGCUUCCACGCUAAAGGACCAAAGGGAGACAGAGGACAGCAGGGUCCAGAAGGAAAGCCAGGGAAGGAUGGGGAUCCUGGUCAAGGACAUAAGGGAAACUCUGGCCACAGAGGUGAGCCAGGGAAUCCAGGGACCGCAGGAAGAACGGGUGAAAAGGGAGAGAGAGGUCCUUCUGGUCCACCCGGAUAUAUACAUGGGCCUGUGCCUGAGCCACUCAAAGGAUAUCACGGAGAUCCUGGUCCCCCUGGAACACCUGGGCUUCCUGGUCGUCAGGGUGUUGUGGGCUUUCCUGGACAAGAAGGACUUCCAGGCCGUGCAUCUGGCUUUUAUGUGCCAGGCCCACGCGGUCAUAAUGGCUUUCCAGGUUCCAAAGGGGACCCUGGGGAGCCUGGGGAUAUUUAUAUUGGACUCCCAGGUCUAGAAGGAGACCCUGGUGAUGGAGGUCUUCCUGGGGAUCAGGGCCCACCUGGAGCUCCAGAAGACAGAACUAACAGGAUUACCAAAGGUGUCCCAGGAAUGAAGGGAAUCAGGGGGAUACCUGGAGCCUCGGGAUAUCACGGAACUGUUGGAAUAAAAGGAGAGAAAGGGGGGUCCUGUAGUCAGUGUACCGGAUCACGAAACCCAGGCUUACCAGGUCCCCCGGGGCCACAAGGCAUUCCUGGCUACAAUCAAGGCCCAGGUGCCAACGGUGAUCCAGGCUUCCGAGGACCUAAAGGUGUACCUGGAAGACCAGGUCCAAUUGGUGAUUCAGGAUUUCAAGGUCCUCCCGGACAAAAGGGAGACUCACAUUCCUAUCACACCCCAGGGAUAAAGGGAGAGAUAGGAGGCCCAGGACAUCCUGGCAAUCCUGGUGAAAACGGUCUCCCUGGGACUCCUGGAUUACCAGGUCGCAAAGGAUAUCAAGGCCCUCCAGGGGAUUCAUAUCCAAGCACUGGUGUGGACAGAGAUAAGGGUUUUCCAGGUCCACCAGGGCCUUUAGGCCUUCCAGGACCAGUUGGCUUCCCAGGCCCAGUGGGAUAUGGGCUGGCUGGACAUCCAGGAAGUAAGGGAGAUAUUGGUGUACCUGGCCUCCCAGGACUGCAGGGAAUUCCAGGCCAGAAAGGGGAAACUAUCCACAUUCACACCAAAGGACUCCCUGGAACACCUGGAUUUAAAGGCCUGCCUGGUGUUCCUGGAAACCGCGGUUAUCAUGGAGUGCAAGGUACCCCAGGCACACCAGGUACCCCAGGAGAGAAAGGAGAAAGAGGGGAUCUGUCAUUUCCCGCAAAGCUCGGAAUUCCAGGGCCAAAAGGUGAAAAGGGGCAGCCAGGUCUCCCAGGUUUCCCAGGUAUGGGCUUGCCUGGUCAGCCAGGUUCACAGGGCCCUCCUGGUGUUCCGGGACUGAAGGGUGAUAGUGGCCCUGGAAAACGUGGGUCCCCAGGCCUGCCAGGGUUUCCGGGAGAACCUGGAGUGCAGGGACCUAUAGGAGAUUCUGGGAAUCCUGGUCUACCAGGAAACCCAGGGCUAAAUGGCAACCCUGGUCUUCCAGGAGGAAAAGGAAGUCAAGGCUCUAUAGGCCCCCCUGGACUACCUGGUAGCAAGGAUUCAUGUAAUGGUUUAUCUGGACCAGAGGGACCACCAGGACCAAAUGGUUAUCCAGGACUCCCAGGGCCCCGUGGCUUGCCUGGUGAAAAGGGGAAUCCUGGUUUACCAGGGUCGGGUCAUCCGGCCCCCCGUGGUCAGCCUGGUUCCCCCGGGUCAUCAGUGGUGGGCUCACGUGGACUUCCUGGACAAAAAGGGGUUAUGGGACAAAACGGCCUUACUGGUAAACCAGGACUGAGAGGAAACCCAGGACCAGAAGGCUUACCGGGAUAUGGACUGAAGGGAUUGCCUGGAAUUCUAGGGCCACCAGGUCAAAUAGGUUCCCCUGGCCAUGAUGGAGCCAAAGGUUCCCAGGGUCCACCAGGCAUGGAUGGAGAACCUGGUCCCAGAGGUCCUCCAGGCACUGGAUCACCAACACCAAUAGAAAUCAUUGGACCCCCUGGAAACCCAGGCUACAUUGGUCCCCCUGGUCAUACUGGUACCCAUGGAGACACUGGAAGUACUGGACCAAAUGGGCAAAGAGGGACAGAAGGAGGACCAGGGGGUCCUGGACCAAGAGGUCCUCCAGGUGCUCCAGGUAUUGGUGGAGCAGCGUGCUCCGAAGGAAGUCAAGGACCUGCUGGAGUCCUGGGUGACCCAGGAUUUAGAGGACCUCCAGGCCUGAAAGGCCCAAAAGGAGAUCAAGGUAUCACUGGAGGGCCGGGUCUAGUCGGCAAAACAGGUCAAACUGGAUACAAAGGGGUUAAUGGAGAACCAAGUUACUCUGGAUAUGGACUUCCUGGACCAGCCGGACAAAAGGGUGAACCAGGAUCAAGCAAUAGUGAAGUGAUGAAAGGUCAGAAAGGAGAACCUGGCAUCAGUGGACUAGUAGGUGUACCAGGAAUGUCAGGAGCCAGAGGAAACCCAGGACUUGUUGGAAACAAUGGUUUACUGGGGUAUCAAGGAGCUAAAGGUUCGGAUGGGCCUACAGGACUUAAAGGACACUCAGGACCUCAUGGUUCACCAGGCAAACGAGGACUGUGGGGUGUUGCUGGUUAUACAGGUCCGAAAGGCAACCAGGGCAGGGAUGGGAUCCCUGGACCACCAGGACAAAAAGGGGAGACCAUAAUUGAAGGGACACCCGGAAGACGUGGUGACACAGGUCUACCAGGUCCCCCAGGAAACCCUGGUCCUCCGGGCUUGUCUGUGACAGCGAGUCCUGGACCGACAGGAGACCGUGGACUUCCAGGCGCACGUGGGGUUAAUGGUCCUCGGGGGCCAGCGGGUAUACAAGGGGCAUGUUUACCGGGAUUAAAAGGAGACCGUGGCCAUCCUGGAUUUCCUGGCAGACGAGGCUCUCCGGGUUUACCUGGCCCUCCAGGUCCCACCGUAGCAGGGUUAAAAGGAAACAGAGGGAACAUGGGUCCUUCAGGAAUCCCAGGUUAUUGCGGUCCACAAGGAGAUCAAGGGCUUCAAGGAUCAACUGGUGCAAGAGGACAACCUGGAGGCCCAGGGCCAAUAGGUGACUCAGGUUCUCCUGGAUUCCAAGGCCCUCGAGGUGGGACGGGAGACCCCGGAUACAUCCCAGGCCCGCCAGGACCACCGGGACACAAAGGAUUUCAUGGACAACCUGGCCCUAAAGGCGAACAAGUGUUUGGCAAAAUAAUAUAUGAACCAGGGCCUCCUGGCUUACCUGGUCCCUCUGGAAAUCAUGGAGCCCCAGGAAGCACGGGAGUGUCAGGACCACCUGGCCAUCAAGGUCAGCCAGGAAUCAAAGGGGUGCGUGGUUCCAGCCCACUCGGCCUGCCCGGUUUUCCUGGCCGCAAAGGAGACACAGGAAGAGCCGGGUUUCCAGGUUCAGAAGGUAGAACCGGAGACCCAGGUCUAAAGGGGCCUGUGGGGUUGCCCGGUAGAGGUUUUUCAUUUCACACUGACAGUUUCCUGAUAGCGAGACACAGUCAAAGCAACCAUGUCCCUGACUGCCCUCAUGGCUCCAGCUUCAUCUACUCUGGAUACUCCCUCCUCUUCAUCAAUGGAAAUGAGAAAGCUCAUGGUCAGGACCUCGGCACAAUGGGAAGCUGCCUUCCUCGGUUCUCCACCAUGCCCUUCCUGUUCUGUGACACAGAGAGUAACUGUCGCUACGCUUCUCGAAAUGACUACUCGUACUGGUUGUCCACUGACGCUCCCAUGCCCACCAACAUGGUUGCCAUCGCAGGGGAUAAACUGGCUUCCUACAUCAGCAGGUGCUCAGUGUGUGAAACCACCUCCAAUGUUAUAGCCGUCCACAGCCAGACAACUCGGAUACCUCAAUGUCCCCAGGGAUGGGAGUCCCUGUGGACUGGACACUCAUUUGUCAUGCAAACAGGCGUUGGUGCAGAUGGCUCCUCCCAGCCUCUGGUUUCUCCUGGCUCAUGUCUAGAAAGUUUCCGCCAAGUGCCCUUCAUUGAAUGUCACGGCAAGGGAACAUGUAACUACUACCCCGACUCCUACAGCUACUGGUUGGCCUCCCUCGACCCCAACAACAUGUUCAGUAAACCUGUUCCUCGGACCGUCAAGGGACCCGCUCUAGAAAGUGUUGUCAGCCGUUGUCAAGUCUGUAGGAAACCGGUACAGGCUCGUCCAGGUGACGGACGUGGGGACAGCUUUUAA